UGCUUAUAACUGUAGAGUGGUGUGAAAACAACGUUGGUACACUUUGUGUCAAACUUCUCGACACUGCUUGAUUGGAUUAAUCAUAAUUAAACGAUUAUCUAAAUGGAUCUUUAAUCUGAAUAAAUCAGGUUGCUAUGGGUCAAGCUUGGGGUCGAAUGCCCCAUCAAUCUGGGUCAGGGAAGUCACAAAGAAGUUUGAAAGAAGUGUAUGGUGUAGAUAAUGAGUAUUCUGGUGAAACAUUUCAAGCGAUAGAAGUACCUGAUGAAAUUAUUUGUGAAGUGUUAAAGUGGGUACCAGCUAAAGACAUAGUAAAGUCAUGUGUAUAUGUUUGUAAACAGUGGAGAGAUGUCAUUAACAUACAGAUGUUCUGGAAAGAAAAAUGUAUUCAUGAACUUGGAUACACAAAUGAAAUAUUCCACUUCCUUAUGGAUGAGGACUUUAAAAAGCUGUAUUUCAAAAGACCAUACCAAAAUAACUUGAUAAAGAACCCAGAUGCUAGCGAAGGAUACAACAACUGGAAAAUCCAUGAAAAUGGUGGUAACCGCUGGAAAAUAGAAAUACCUACCGGCUGCAAUCCUGUAGAUGACUAUACUGGAAAGAAACAAUCAGAAGGAACGAGAUGCUGGGUAUCAUCAUAUGGAGAAUGUAGUAAGUCACAAACAAUUGACCUGUUAGAGAGAGGCUGUAGUGAAUAUGUACUAGAUGAUGUUAAGCCAGAUAUACAUGUAUCAGAAUGGUAAGUUGAGUUCAAGAAGUAUGU